AUGGAAGGCACCUAUUCCAAUAACAUCGAAGAGCUCCUCUACCAUGGGAAGCAUAUGAUCCAGGUGACCGACCCGCGCACCUCGCAGGGGAAGUCCGCAUACAUUUCGUAUGCUGUCAAGAUUGAGUCCCACUGCAUCCGUCGGCGCUAUUCCGACUUCGAGGCCCUGCACAACAUCCUCUGCCUUCUGUACCCUACCGUCAUCAUCCCGCCGAUCCCCGGCAAGGAGAUGCUCAGCAAGGUCUCCAAGGUUGACGACAAGUCCCCGGUGGUGGAGAAGCGCUGCGUGCAGUUCUCGGCGUUCCUCAACCGUAUUGCACAUCACCCCGUCCUGGCCUCGAACCCUGUCUUCCAUGCCUUCCUUUCUUCCCCUGCUUGGCUCGACAUCCUUGAGGCCGAGCGUCGCAACCAGCAAGAGGCCCGCAACCAGCAGGAGGCCGAGGACAAGAAGGACAUCGGCACCGGCAUUUUCAGCAUCAACAUCGGCAACAUGAGCAUCACCGGCAAGAAGAUCGAGGGUCGCUUUGCCCAGGUGGCGCACUCCAACAACAAGUUCGGCGAGCAGAUUGCCGCCCUGGAGCGCGCUCUCCAGCAGAUUGUCAACCGUCAGCAGAGCAUCUCCAACGACCAUGGCGAGCUGACUCUUGUGCUGCGUAGCAUGGCUGCCAUUGAGACCGGCGCCCUUGCGCAGGCUCUGCACGAUCUCGGCGUGGCCACCGACCAGUCCCUCCUGUCGGCCAGCUAUCUGAGCCGCGAGCUGACGCGCCGGGCUCUCGAUGGUGGUAUCGCCGAGCGCGCGCAGUUCCCCCCGCAGGUGGACCGUGUGCUGAAGUACCACGCCCAGCGUGCCGCGGUUCUGGAGAGUGUCAUCGCCAGCCGCACCGCGCGCGAGAACCACCUGGCCGCCCUCGAUGACCCGGACAAGGGCAGCUGGAACUCCAUUGGCGGGGCUUUCUCGAGCAUUUCCCGCCUGGUGUCUUCCAAUUCGGAUCAGGCGCGCAGCCAGCAGAAGGAGCAGCUUUCCAAGGAGAUCCAGGACUUCGACGAGGCCAUCGAGAAGCGCAACAACGCCCUGCACGCCACCGAGGAGGCUAUCCUGCGUGAGUAUGAGUCCUACUCCGCGACCAAGGCCCAGGACAUGGUCGAUAUCCUGAUUGACUACGCUGCGCUCUAUGUCCAGACUUUCGAGAAGGACCUUGAGCGCUGGGAGGCCGCUCUCCAGUCCCUCGAGGAGGUUCACUAA